AUGGCUCUAACAGAUGUACCAAGACUAUCUGGGCAGGAAUUUCAGAGCUCGUCGAAGAAGGCUCUGGAUGUCGAAUUUCAUGAAUUGGAAGAGCGUGCUUCGAGAGAUCCGAUUGAACUCAGCCGGAAGAUCAUCUCGCAAUUCCAGAACUACAGCGCCAAAUACAAUGAAAAAUUCAUCGGUGCUGGCUUGCCAGAGUCCCUUGUCCUCAAAUGCCCAGGUCUUUGCUCACAGCUUUGGUUCAAGCUUGAUAUUGUGCCGUUGGUGCUGAGACAUGAAGCUCGUGCGAGAACUGCACAUGACCGGGGUGAGGUGGCCACCUUCAGAGGCUGGGAAAGAAAAGCACUAGAUGAGCAGGCAGAUUCCAUGGCGCGAAAGUGCAUACGAUCAUUUGGAAUUGGACAUGUGAUCCACACCCAGAUCAGUCAUGACACGCUUGUGGAGGUUGAUAGUCAUUUCAGGGCACAUCUUGCAGAUAAGCAAGACUACGAACGAACUGUUGAACCGAGGUCAUGGGCUAUUGCUCAGCAAUAUGCCGGGGAACUUAGAGAAAAGCAAGUAAAAGUUGCAUUCUUCAGCAUUACGUUGCACGGCAAACCCGACGAACAUAUGAGACAUGCCCUGGUGAGGUUUGCUCAUUGUAUGGGCGUUGACUUUAGAUGGUAUGUUGCGAAGCCACGUCCAGGGAUAGUCAAUAUUGCUCAGAAGAUGAGGGAUAUCCUAGAGGGGUUGGGCAACUCCCUCAAGUGUCUUUCCUUUGACGAGGAGUUAGAGAUUUUAGAGUGGGUGUAUGAGAAUGCCCGGCGAUAUUGGCUGCAGCACAAUGGGCCCCUUCAACCCAGGUCAAAAGGAGGCGUAGAUGUGGUGGUCAUUGACAGUGCACCUUUACUCUCCUUGGCGCUUUUGUCCAAGCAGCAGGACCCCGGGAGACCAGUACUAUAUGAAAACCGUCUAAUGGUCCAGAAUAACAUGGCUGAGGAUCCCAAUAGUCCUUCAGCUAGGGUCUGGGACUUUGUGCAGACGAGGUCAGAACAUGUGGACCUACUGGUUUCUCCAGUACCGAAAGUUUUGGCACCGCAGAUAUUCCCCAGAAAGCGUGUGGGAUAUAUUCCAGUUUCUGUUGACCAACUUGACGGCUUUAACAAGCAUAUGAAUCAGCCAGACAUCGCCUUCUAUGGUCAACUAUUCAACUCCCUGUGCAAAACUCUCAACGCACCGAUUAUACAAUAUCCGGAAGGCAAAGGCCCCCCAUCUCCUAUUGCAAUCUGUCAAUGCUCUGCUAACAUUCUUAUUUACCCCUUAGAGCAAUAUAUUCUACAUCUUGCACAAUUCAGACCCAACGAUGAGACUGUGAUUAUUCUGCAAGCAUAUCAAAUGUUUUGUUGCCAAUGGAUGAAGGAAAGUCCAAAAGCGUCCAUUCCAAAGUUACUUAUAUGCCGCCAUGGCCCUCCUAAAGGCCGUGAGAGCGCACUCCUCUAUGAAGAUGUCAUGCGGCACAUCAACACCGAGAUGAACGACAUCUCACACCUGAUCUGCGUCAUAGAGCUUGGAGGUCCUGAUCAAUUGUGGAAUGUGCUUCUUUCGCAUGCUAAAGUCGUCAUACAACUAUCCAUCCCCGAGGGAAUUCCUGAAUUUCUCCUGUGCGCCACUCAGAAACAGAAGCCUCUGAUCACGAUCAAGGUAGCAAGUUUUUAUUCAUUCCUAGAGAAUAACCCUACCACAUGGCUGGUGGACAAAGAUGACCGCAAAUCUAUCUCACAUCUCUUUCGUCAGCUCAAUGAUCCCAAACUCUCGCCGCAGAUGACAUUGCCCUCACGGAAUAGCCUUCCAGACCAAUAUACCACUGUCGGGAAUGCUAUCUCCUGGUUUUAUAUAGCAUCAAAGUUGUCAAAAGGCGAAAGGAUUGAGCCAGAUGGCGGAGAUAUUCAUCGGUUGGCUCAGUCGGCGGCAAGCCUGUGA